AUGAUAUUGCUCAGUGCGUUUGUUCCGAGAGUGUUCAAUUUCCAACUGACCGAUCCGAAUUGGUGCCCUGCCAACACUUGCACGACGUUCACUGCAGUCACUGGGGUGCUGAAGGGCUACGACCAGCUGAUGAACUUGGUUUUGGAUGAGACCAACGAGUUUGUAAGAGAUCCUGAUGACAAUUAUCGGAUAACCGAUGAAACAAGGACACUUGGGCUUGUGGUGUGCCGAGGACCAGCUGUGAUGCUCGUUGCACCCACCACUGGCACUGAUGAGAUUGUAGGCAACCCAUUCCUGCAACAAGAAGAGGAAGUAUAA